UACCAGGGUUGUAUUGGGAGGGGCAAGGGGGGGGAGAUGCACGUUCUCGGAGACAACCCCAAAAUGCAUAUAUAGUCAUUGACGCCCCUUCUCCUGCACAGAAAGGUAUCCCCAAGAUCGGCUAUCAAACAGCGUCGCGAGCAACUCAGUCGCCGCCAUGCCGUUCUACACUCCAAGCAAGCCAACCUUCGAGGUCGCUGGACGCGACUUCCCGCGCAUUACCUGGUGGAAUGAACCUGGCAUGAGGUCGCUGUACAUCUGCCUUGGUUUCGUCGUCUUGACGUCUGCUACGAACGGUUACGAUGGAUCUCUCAUGAACGGUCUCCAGGCUAUGGAGUCAUGGAGGAGUGAAUUCAAGUCCCCGGACCCGGCCUCCCGUGGUCUCCUCAACGCCAUCAUGUCAGUCGGUUCUAUCUGCGCGCUCCCAGUCGUCCCAUAUACCGCCGAUAUCCUCGGCAGACGUUGGGGUAUCAUUAUUGGCUGCACUAUUAUGAUUCUCGGUGUUGUUCUCCAAUCGAUUGGUAUCAACUUGCAACUCCUUACUGCGUCACGUUUUUUCGUCGGUUUCGGUGUCGCCAUCGCUCACGGAGCUUCCCCUCUUCUUGUUGCAGAGCUUGUCCACCCCCAGCAUCGCGCGAUUUACACCACAAUUUACAACUGUACCUGGUAUUUCGGUAGCAUUGUUGCAUCAUGGACAGCAUUCGGUACAAACAAGCUGGGAGAUACAAAUAAUUGGGCAUGGAGAAUCCCCACCAUCCUCCAGGCCCUGCCGUCCUGCCUCCAAAUGAUCUUUAUCUGGUUCGUACCGGAAUCGCCGCGUUUCCUUAUCGCUAAGGGAAAGCAUGAGCAAGCCCUCAAAGUUCUUGCUGACGUACACGCUCGCGGCAACCAAGACGAUGAGUUGGUGCAGCUCGAGUUCACCGAGAUCACCGAGACCAUCAAGCUGGAGCAAGAGUUCGAGGGUAACGGAUGGAAACAGCUGAUCAGCACCAAGGGCAACCGCCAUCGUCUUAUCAUCCUCAUCUCUCUCGGCUUCUUCUCCCAGUGGUCUGGAAACGGACUCGUGUCCUACUACAUGACCGACGUUUUGAAACUGAUAGGAAUUGAAGACUCCGACAAGCAGCUUGAGAUCAACGGUAUCCUGAAUAUUGUCAACUUCUGCGUCGCCUUGUUCAUGUGCUUCUGGAUUGACAAGCUCGGCCGUCGCCUACUCUUCCUUACUGCAACUGGAGGCAUGCUCGGAGCCUUCAUUAUCUGGACCGCAACUGCAUCAAUUGUCGCCAGGACUGACGAGGAGAACCCAAAUACCAUGGCUGCAAAUGCUGAGAUCGCCUUCAUCUUCAUCUUCUACUGUUUCUACAACAUGGCCUGGUCUGGUCUGCUUGUCGGCUACGCCGUCGAGAUUUUGCCAUACAGUAUCCGUGCCAAGGGUAUGACCGUAAUGUGGCUCGCGAUCGAUCUCUCGCUGUUCUUCAACAGCUACGUCAACCCCGUCGCCCUCGGCAAGCUGGCAUGGAAGUACUACAUCGUGUACGACGUCUGGCUGGCCGUUGAGCUUUUGGUCGUCUACCUCUUCUACGUCGAGACUAGCAACACCGCACUCGAGGAAAUCGUCAAGCACUUCGACGGCGACUCCGCUUUGUUGGGCGGCGCCGUCGCCACCGAGAAGGGCAGGCAGCUGGUUGAGCAGAUCGAAAACUACAGCGCCGCUGGUGGCGAGGAGGGUAUCCACGGCAUGAACCACAUUGACGCGAAGGCGCCAGAGGUCGUAACGGACGAGAAGGCGCUGAACUAGAGCUUGCCAUUGUAGGUGUGCGCUGGUACGCGGCGCCUCUGGUUUGAGACACUGGAUUAAUGGAGCGGUUCUUGGAUUACACUCUUUUGUAUGAUGAUGAUUAGAUAAUUAUAAUUAUGAAACUCAGUAGCGGCGAAUAAAUUUAUUUGAUCCC